UGAUGAUCGGUUUUGUUCAUUUGCAACUUUUGACUAAAAAAAGCAGCUCAUAGCAGCGGUUAUGCCUUUUUCCGCCGCGAGUUCGAGCUCCGUAAGCUCAAUCGCUGAAGAACCGCCGCCAAAGAAACAGCAUGAUCCAUCGCCGUCCUGUUCAUCGUAUCUGUUACUACUUCCAGACGAAAUCAUUCUGAAUUGCUUAGCACGCUUGCCGAAAUGUUACUACCCGGUGAUUUCACUCGUCUCCAAGACCUUUAGGCGUCUCAUAGCUUCACCGGAGAUCUACGUUGAAAGGUCAUUACUUCGCCGCACCGAGCGUGUCCUUUAUGUUGUGCUUAGAUCUCACGCUACAGAAACUCCCCGAUGGUACACUCUCAAUUUCAAACCCUUUGGAAAUGAUUCAAAUAACCAUAGAUUGGUUCCGAUUCCGUCGUUUCCUUCGAUUCCUUGCUGGGGAAUGUCAAUUGUCGCUAUUGAUUCUGAAAUUUACGUCCUUGGUGGAUGCAUUGAUAAUGAAUUGGUCUCCACUGGGUUUGUCGUCGAAUGUCCAUCUCACACGUGUCGUCUCCUCCCUAGCAUGAAGCAGGCACGUGGCUGCGCCGCCGUGGGAUUUUUUGAUGGGAAAUUGUAUGUAAUCGGAGGUUGUAACCCUCUGUCUGUGAAUUGGGUAGAGGCUUUUGAUCUAAAGACUCAAACUUGGGAGUCUGGUUUGGGUGUUAAUAAUGUGGAAAUGCAUGACUUAACCAUCAGAAGUUUUGCGAUAGAUGAUAAGAUUUACAUUAUGGAUCGAAAGAAUAGCUUUGUUUAUGAUCCUAAAGAAGGUACGUUGGAGACUGAUGAGUUGUUGGACACACAAUGGAGUGUUGGUUCUUGCGUCAUUGAUGGAAAGAUUUACACUUUUGGUAGCAAGAAUAGAAUAUGGGUGUUUGAUCCAAUUGCCAUGGUUUGGGAUCGCUUGAAGGGUCUCGACGAUCUUCCUGACAAGCGUGAUGGCUCGAGAAUGUCGAAUCUCGGGGGAAAUCUUGCGAUUAUGUUUAACCUUGAGAAGGGUUCAACCAAAAUCUGUUGCACGGAGAUCAGAUUGGAAAGGAGGGAAGGAGGAAAGAUUUGGGGGACGGUCCUGUGGUCUAAUAUUGUCAUUACCUUGAAAGAACCUUCCACCAUUGUACGAUGUCUAACUGUAACAGUUUGAUAAAGCUUCAAGCUUGAAAAUCAUAUCUGUAAACGUGUACCGGAGCAGCUUGUUCUGUUCAAGAUGAAACAAACAACAUACGAGGCUUUAUUGGAUAUUGGUAUCCAGAACCUAAUAUAGAUAUCUUUUGGAACUUUGGGCUAAGUUAUGCAAUAUAUUUCUCUUGUUUCUUUGUUGUACGACUCUUAUGUAUGCAAGUAUAUUGUAUGAUUAAUAGAAACUAUGUUACCAGCUGUUUGUUUAACAAAGAUCAAACCAAUAACAUUUG